UAUAGGAAAUGGAAUAUGUAUUGUUGUUUUGUUCCAAACGCAGCGUUUUCUGGCGCUCGCCCCCCGCCCCCCGCUCCCCGCCACGGCCCCUCGGGAGAUCUGCCUCCCGGCCCCCUUCGCUCUGCGCACGAGAGGGCCCGGCGAUGGGGCCUCCUGCGAGGCGGCGGCGCACCCGCGCGCCGCUGCGGACGGCGGCCCUCGCCGCCGGCGUGGGCGCUCUGGCGUUGGCCGCGGCGGCAGCCGCCUUCGCACAGCCCGCCGGGCAGGCCGCUGAGGCCACGCGGCGGCGCACGCUCCUGUCCGCAGCGGUGGGCCUGCCGGCUGCGCUGGCAGGCGCGGCCGUGGCUGGCGCGGACGAGACGGACGGCCUGGUCCGGUCGGGCAGGAAGGGCCCGAGCGUGGACGCGGACAUGUCGGAAGUGGUCGCGCCGAUGUCUCCGAAGUCUGCGACGGGAGUGCCGAUGGCGCGGCCCUCGCUGCGGCGCGCCCUCGCGAUGUGAUUCUGCCUGCCAUUCUGAUGCACCUCUCGCUAUCUCUCUCUCUCUCUCUCUCUUUCUCUUUUCCUUUAUCUCUCUCUCUCUCUCGUUGUCGCUCUCUCGCUUGG